GUCAGUCACUAGGACACUUCUGAGUGCUCAAAUCUUCGUAUCAAACACCUCAAACCUCAAAUACUUCAAAUCCCAAUAACGAGGAGUUAAUUGAAUCGUGAAAAAUGUCUCCUCCAGCUGCGAUCCACGAAACCGUCGUUCCAGCCACCACCAAUGGCAAUGGUCUGAUGGGAAUAAAGAAAGACCUCGCGGUCAAGGCCAUGAUAAAUGGCCAAGCUAAGACGCUCGCUGAAAUGGAGAAUAAAUGGGAGUCAUUUACCUUCGCGCCUAUUCGGGAGUCUCAAGUCUCCCGUGCUAUGACUCGUCGCUACUUCAACGACCUGGACACCUACGCCGAAUCCGACAUCGUCAUCGUGGGUGCGGGUUCCUGCGGCCUCAGCGCAGCCUACAUCCUCGGAAAGCAGCGCCCAGACCUCAAGAUUGCCAUCAUUGAAGCCGGGGUGGCUCCUGGAGGCGGAGCGUGGCUUGGAGGCCAGCUUUUCAGCGCAAUGGUGAUGCGGAAGCCUGCCGAUGUGUUUCUCGCUGACCUGGGAGUUCCGUAUGAAGAUGAGGGUGACUUUGUAGUGGUUAAGCAUGCUGCGCUCUUCACUAGCACGCUCCUGUCCAGAGUUCUCUCCUACCCCAACGUAAAGCUCUUCAACGCCACCACCGUCGAAGACCUCAUCACCCGUCCCUCCCCCACUCCUACCAACCCCUCUGCCAUCUCUAUUGCCGGCGUCGUCACAAACUGGACCCUCGUCAGCAUGCACCACGAUGACCAAUCUUGCAUGGACCCCAACACCAUCAACGCCCCCCUCGUCAUCUCCACCACUGGCCACGACGGCCCGUUCGGCGCAUUCAGCGUAAAGCGGCUCGUCAGUAUGCAGCAGAUUGAGAAAUUAGGUGGCAUGCGCGGACUGGAUAUGCAGAGCGCAGAAGAUGCGAUUGUGAAGGGGACAAGGGAGGUGGUUCGAGGAUUGGUCGUGGGUGGGAUGGAGUUGAGUGAGGUGGAUGGCGCGAAUAGGAUGGGACCGACUUUUGGGGCUAUGGCGUUGAGUGGGGUUAAGGCUGCGGAGGAGGCUUUAAGGGUGUUUGAAGAGAGGAAGAUGGAGAAUGGGGGGAACUGAACUGAACUGAAACAAGCCCACUCCUGCUAGCUUAGUCCAGAUGACAGGAUUGUGGAGGGGGGAAGAAGAUAGUGGGAAAUACGUCUGUCUUU